GACUUUCACAUUUCAAUAACGGUUUGCUAAAAAUGUCAAAGAGAAAUUUUUUAGAAAUAGUUUAAAAUAAUGACAAUUUUAGUCAAAAGUUUUUUGUCAAUUUUACAUCAAUAGUAUGUAUUUAACUACACAUCAGUGAUAAAAGUUCAUCAUUUUAUUCAGUCACUGUACCCAAUGACCUUAUAAAUUAGUUAUAGACUAUGACAACAGAAAUAAAUCAGACAGCUGAACAAACUGGUGAAUUUGUGCAUUCAAAACCUCUAGCAUCCAAUUCUUCAUCAGUCCCCUCAGAAAAGUAUGGUGAUGAGUACAAAGCAGAUGACGUGCCAUCGGUAAGACUGAAUAACAAUGAUGGAUGAUAAAGAAGGAGCAGAAAUUUGAAAAUAGAAGCCAAUGGGAUCGUCCAAGCUUUAGAAGAAAUGAAAAAGGGAAUAAAUCUGCACUACUGUGAUCGAUUUUCAGUCAUGUCACCAACAGUUCUCAACCACUGAUUCCUAAAGUCUCGUUUACUUCAGCCAGGUAGUCUACACCUCACUAUACAAAUCAGACCAACAGUCAAAGACUGUACUUAUUGGUGCCAUGUCCUUGUGUGGCCACUCUGACCCCUCUUUCAGCCUUAUGUAACUUCUCACGUUGAGGUAAGCAGCGGCUUGGCACAUUCGACACAUAUUCAGGCCACCUCAGUCGAUGAAGCUUCAAAACCUUACCUGCUGACUUGCUCUUCUUGUCCAAUACCCUUCACUUGACCACAACGUUGCUCACAUGGUGAAUUCACCAGAAAUGAGUAACGCCACGAAGACAUAUGUAAUCGAAAAUCUGAAGUCACUUCAUGUCUACUUACUUUUAAUGGCCAUAUCACAGCCGUUUAAAUCAAACUACAGUGCAGUAUACACGUCCUUUGGUAGACAGUCAGGGAUCUCACCAGUCGUGCCACAGACGAUGCAAUUCAGAAAGUGCCAAACGAGUCUUUCGUGGCCGAGCUGAGAUUUUGUUGGAAACCAGCCUGUUUGCGCUGACGUAACUCCACAACAGGUUCCGGUUCAGCGUACCUAUAAGGAAUGUAUCUUUUAUGCAUUAACUGAAUGGAGAUGUGCAUGUCUGACUAUUAUCAUACUAACAGGCAUAAUCAUAAUAUCAUCGUGUGGUGUUCAACAGCUGAUGAUCUCUGCACAUUCACCUAAAUCCCCUAACAGAUAUGAUCUUUCCUAUUACAAUAUGAAACAGAAUACUUGGUGUCUAUGUAAAACAAGCUCAAUGUUGAUAAUCAGUGGUUUGAUCUUCCUAAUCUAUUUGAUUUACUUAAUUGAAUCAUGGCAAUCAAGAAACUGGAUUCGAACCACAUGGUUGAUUGAUAAAAAUAUGGCGUAUAAUUUAGUACAGUACGCGCAUAAAUUAAUUCCUUCUAUAUUAUGGCAAAUAAAAUGUUACCAUUAUGCACAUAACACGGAACAACACCGUCAAUAUCAAAGUUAUAAACAUUUUAACCAGCAACAGUAUUUAAACAUUUCCAAUGGAACUAAUUCAAAAACUGUAUAUAAAAAUUCAUUUAUUCAAAGUGAUUAUGAUGCUGCAUUUAACAAAAUAAAUAGACAUAAUGUUCAAUGUACAAUAGAUAUUGAUAAAAAAGGUGAAACGUUUACUCCUCAAUGGGAUUCAAAUGUGAAUCAAAUUAAAUGUCAACGUAUUGUUAGUAUGAAUAAAGUGUGCUCAUUUGAUUUAUCUAAAAUUGAAACUGUAUGGGAUAUGUCAGAUUAUAUUAGUAAACUAGAAAAUUUUCAACUUAUUGAAUUAAAUUUGAGUACAAUAUUUAGCUUUUCUGAUAAACAAUCAUUUUUGGAAUUUCAACGACAAAAACAAGAAUUUUUUACAAUUUAUGAAAAUUUUGAUAUUUAUAUGGAAACUGAAGAAAUUUGUACAUUCUCCAAUAUUGUGAGGUUUCCUAAACAACUACUAAUAAUGCAACAGUCAUCAAAACCUCCAAUUUAUUUAAAAGGUAUUACUUAUUUAAUAGCUACACUUUUCUUAUGUUCAUUCCCUUUACGUAUUUUUAUUUAUGCACACAAAGCUAAAUUACAUUGUACAAUUCAUAAAGUAUUUGGUCCGAAACCGGUAGAUGACAAUUCAGAAAAUUCACUAAAAUUCAUUCCAUUAACCAAUACAAGUACAAAGACAACACCUUAUUUAGCGGAUGCCUCUAUCAGUUAUAAAAUCCCUUCAUUAUCUAAUCACAUAGUGACAAGAAACAAUAAAAAAGCAAAACAGCUCAUGAAUUAUAUUACUCAAAGUAGCACUAAUAGUAGUAAUAACUUUAUUCGUAAUAAUGAAGCAGUUGUACUAUUCAACAAACAUAUCACAAAAGGUAGUACCCGUCAUAAUGAAGUAAGUAAUAAGACUUGUAGACAAUAUCCACAAUAUAUUUCAAAUGAAAUAGAAUAUAAUCAAAGAAACAGUCUUAAUGAAUUCCGUCAUAAUAAAAGUAUGCAUAAAAACAAUAGUAUAAACGAGGAUUUUGAUGCUAAUAAUAACGGUGAUGAUGACGAUGAUGAACUAUUGUCUCUGGAUAUAAGAUUUGAUGAAUAUAUGAAAAAUAAAUUUACCAAAAUUGAAGAUACAAAUGAAGAAAGUGAUUACUAUGAUUAUGAGUUGGAUUCUGUAUUGCAAAACACUAAUUUUGAUACGAAAAUUGUCUGAAAUGUAUUCUAAUUAUGUGCACAUUUAUGUCAACACAAUAUAUUAAUUUGAAUAUAUG